AUGGGGUCUUCCGAGUCCGACAAAGUCGGUCACAUUCCCAAUCAGCAUGACAGUCUCGCUUUCGAGAGUGAUCCGCUCCCCUCGCCGGGCUUUGAUCACACAGGUGCAAGCUCCCCUGCUCUUGAAGAUCCCGACGCAAAAGCUUCGGCCGGCAUCCUGCCUCGAGAUCAACAGCAGAAGACCGCCACUUACGACUAUGCCUAUGAAAAAUCAUUGAGCCACGCCGAGGCGAAGCUCUUCUACCAACACCACCAGCUGGCGUCCAAGAGUGGUGACAACACAGGGCCAGUAAGCCCGGUGCCUUCGUGGCGUCCCAUGGGCGAUUCGCACGACGACAGUCUAGCAAUGGUCACGGAGGCUAGUCCACGGCAUUCGGUCCAUCCGACACGCAAGGGCUCCAUGGUGUUGGAGUCCGAUUGGAGUUUGGAUUCCCCCGCAGAUCAUAGUACCGAUGGGGCGGUCCGUGGUAGCCAGCUGGCCGACCACUCGGUCCACAGUCAUGCUGAACCCCUGGGGACAACGCAUGGCCAGGGACUGCACGUAUCGGGUGGGGAGAAUCUUCACGGAUCUGGUCUUGGAAUCGUCUCCCAGGGGCCGGGAGGAGACGCCAUCACCUCUGAAUUGCAUGCCAUCUACCGCAAGAUCAAGGGGCUUUUGGACCGACGUGCUAAAUAUCUAGAGCUGUCACUACAGAGACCCAAUGAUGAUCCCAGAGACCACCAAGACUGGGAAAUAUACCCACCUCCGCCUGAGCCUGCGUGGCACGAAGGCAAAGAGUACCAGCCUGAAAAUGUCGGGGGACCCGCCGAUCAAACAGGGAGGAAGAGGAAGAUAGGCCAAGAUAUCGGCGAAGAUUUCGACAUGAACGAACUCACCCUGCCUGCCGAGUCCUCCUGGACGUAUCGCUUGGAUAGCAACAGUGUUUACCAGGUGUUCGAGUCGGAAUCAGCAGCAGAUCGGCAUGAACCGAUGGUCCAGAUUCCAUCCCUGCGUGAUUUCUACAUGGACCUUGAUGCUGUCGUAGAUGUUUCUUCUGAGGGACCGGCUAAAAGCUUUGCUUUCAAGCGCCUCUCGUACCUCGAAGGCAAAUUUCAACUGUACACGCUGCUGAAUGAGUAUCAAGAGAUUGCAGACAGCAAGAAGGUGCCACAUCGCGAUUUUUACAAUGUGCGCAAGGUGGAUACUCACGUUCACCACUCAGCAUGCAUGAAUCAGAAACAUCUUCUGCGUUUCAUCAAAAGCAAGAUGCGAAAAUCCCCUGACGAAGUCGUGCUCUUUCGAGAUGGCAAACAUUUGACUCUGCGGGAAGUAUUUGAGAGUAUCAACCUGACGGCUUACGACCUCAGCAUCGAUACAUUGGAUAUGCACGCACAUACUGAUUCCUUCCACCGGUUUGACAAAUUCAACCUCAAAUACAAUCCUGUAGGCGAGUCCCGUCUUCGUGAGAUCUUCUUGAAAACGGAUAAUUACAUCAAUGGCCGUUACCUGGCAGAGAUUACCAAGGAAGUCAUCUCCGAUCUAGAGUCCAGCAAGUAUCAAAUGGUUGAAUGGCGGAUUUCGAUCUACGGACGAUCCGCCGACGAGUGGGACAAACUCGCUGCCUGGGUAGUUGACAAUAAAUUGUUUUCACCCAAUGUUCGCUGGCUGAUCCAGGUUCCACGGCUAUAUGAUGUGUAUAAGUCGAGUGGGAUGAUGGAAAACUUUGAGCAGGUCAUCUCGAAUGUCUUCCGGCCACUAUUUGAAGUGACCAAGGAUCCAUCUAGUCACCCGAAGCUUCAUGUCUUCCUUCAACGUGUGGUGGGAUUUGACAGCGUUGACGAUGAGAGUAAGGCCGAGCGGCGAUUGUACCGGAAGUAUCCCAUCCCGCGGGAUUGGAACACCAAACAGAACCCCCCAUAUACCUAUUGGAUCUACUUCAUGUUUGCCAAUAUCGCCUCACUCAACCACUGGCGGCAACGGCGGGGUUUCAAUACAUUCGUCCUUCGACCCCAUUGUGGAGAAGCGGGAGAUCCCGAUCAUCUCGCCGUUGGAUUCCUCUGCUGUCACAGUAUCAGCCAUGGUAUCUUGCUGCGUAAGGUACCCCUGCUGCAGUACCUGUAUUAUCUGGACCAGAUCGGCAUUGCCAUGUCACCUCUCAGCAACAAUGCAUUGUUCCUGACCUACGAUAAAAAUCCCUGCGCCAGCUUUUUCAAGCGUGGACUUAACGUGUCGUUAUCUACCGAUGACCCGCUGCAGUUUGCGUUUACAAAAGAACCUCUUAUUGAGGAGUAUUCGGUAGCGGCUCAAAUUUAUAAGUUCAGCGCAGUCGACAUGUGCGAAUUGGCUAAACAUUCUGUUAUUCAAAGCGGAUUUGAGCUCUCGUUGAAGAAGCGUUGGCUAGGGUCAAAUUGCAACCUUCCAGGAUUUGCAGGCAACAAUGUCGCCAAAAGCAAUGUCCCAGAUAUCCGUGAAGCGUUUCGGCAUGAGACGCUUCAGUCUGAGCUGUCAUUAAUUGCGCGAUAUGCCGAAGGCUCUGUUGCGGAGGAACAACCCGUUCUAGCGCCAGGUCUGCUGCAUACUGCUAAUCAGGCAUCUGCUAAGCCUACGCCUCAUGGUAUGUCCUUGUUCACUUAA